AUGGUGCAUGGCGAUGAGGGCAGAGGUCGAAACAAAGUAGCCACAAUGGUGAUUGCGGUGCAACCAUUGGUGAGUUGGCUGGGGCCAGAAUUUGUGAACAUGUCAGGGCACUCAAUGACCACUCGACUGGUAUUUGCUGUUGUUCCUUCAACAAUCUAUGCUGGCGAUGCGACCCUGGAUACUCUGCAUGGUGCCUUGGCAUCUGACCUGCUCCAACUGCACAAGGAGGGCCUCGAAGCGACUAGCUAUCUUGAGUCAAAGUUUGUGGGCGAAGGGUUUGGGCUUGGGGUCAUUAAGCUACGAGUAGGACUAAGUGGGCUUGUGGGAAUGUACGGGUGUAGGGAAGUUGGUUCUAGUCUAGGUUCUUGGUCUCUAGCUUUAAUGUAUAUCGACAAGAUCCCUACUCGAUUCCCGAGGUUCCUAUUACUGAUCAUCACGGUAAUACCUACAAGCGACGGCUGA